AUGACUGCAUUGGCCAAUAAGGCCGUGUAUGUGCGUGGUCCAGACGACGUGUUUCGGCGGAAGUCGGAGGAUGGCAACGUGACAAAGACUCAGGUCGACACAUUCAUCAACGAACUCAUGGAAUGUGGCUUCCGUGUUGCCCCUGAACCAGACACUGCUUCGAAAAAAGAGAAACCCCAGGAUCUAUCGGGACUCAUGGAUCCAAAGAGACCGGAUCCGGGUGCAUUGCAGGGGAAACAGAACCAGCUUCGCUCGGCGCCUAACUUGCGUCCUCUCCCACGUCUCAAUACAGAUUUGUCGCUGGCGACGAUUCUGCCCCGUUCCGGCUCUCCUGUGACCUGCUACAGUCAUGCCUCGGCUGACGUGCUGGAAUGUGUCCCUGACAAGUUGACUUCGGAAGCUAAUUGUGACGGUGAGCCUGCUGCCAAGACUUUUAUGGAAGGUUUUGAAGCUUACAGACAAAAAUUCGGUGAUGCUGGGUUGGACAAAGUGAAGGCAUGGGCUCCUCCGUUCGUGCUUGGCAUGAUCACAACAUACGUGCUCCAGCAGAUGCAACCCUUGUUGAUGUAUUACGGAGUCAUCGUUGCACAUUUGUUGAAACUCUUCAUUGUGUGGCUUGUGUUCACAGGAUCUGUGUGUUGGUAUUUUGGUGUUUUGAGUCUUCCCGCUGGUUCUGAGUAUGUCCAAAAGGCACAGGCUCUCAUGGGUCAACUUCCUGUAGUUUUCAACCAAAAGGGCGGUGCCACGCCGCACACACCCUCGCGUGCCGAAGUUUUUUCCCAAGCAGAGGCACAUCCAGAUGCCGAUCAAGUCAUCGCAAAAGCACCCUCUCUUCCAAAGAAGGAAUCGCAUGAAGACCAAUUGCUGCCCACUUCGGUCGUAAACGUGAUGCCUUUCAAGGCACCGAAAAGAGAAACGUUCCGUAGAGCAAACACAGACGAUCCUAGGUCUAAUCAUACUCGUGAUAGUAGAAAGCACUCGGACACGGGGUCACCAAGACUUGCUUUUAUCCAAAAGACUUACAAGAGACCUCAGUCUUCUAGCCCUGUCCACAGUGGUGGUCGCUCUGACCGUAGACAUUCCUCAUCAUCGCUUCCUUUGGACAAAGACCCAAGGCUGCGCAAGCCCCUUCCCCAAAUUGUGCCUACGACCCAGCCCAACCCCGACUCGGAACUUCCUUUCAUUUGCGAGAUGAAGCUUAGACCCAAGACUGAAGGCAGCGGUUAUGACAAUCCUCCCAGAGCUGACUUGAAGAGAAGCGGUACCUACAUGAGUCAAAAAUCUGUGCUUGGCACCAGAGCCAACUACGCCAAGUUUAUCGCCAAUUUCGACGAGUAG